GAUUUUUAAUAUAUUUUAUCAAAUAUCAACUUGUGUCCUGGAUGAAAUAGUAGUGUGAUAGUAGUUAUCAGUCACACUAUCACAUAUUAAGAUUCGCUCACAAAUACUAUAAUAAUAUUAUAUGAUAUUUAGUCAUGAGUAUUUGCUUAAAAUAUUUGAAUACUUCCAUAGUCACAUACAUGCCCUUCGGAUUAUAGUGGUUUUAAGUGUCUGCUUAAAAACAUUUUGAACAACCUAACAGUGCACAUACGUGCAUACGUUUUGAUACAUAGUAUUAUAAUAAAUUAUGGCUUUGCGAUUUAUAAAACGUACUUACAAUCGAAUGUUUCUCGCCAAGGACCCAAAGCCUCCUUACACGAGUCAUGUAGUACAGAUCGGUGACCCAGUACUGCGUAGUAAAGCAAUCGCAGUCCCUUCAGAGAAAAUUGGAUCAAAAGAAGUACAUAAUGUAAUUUAUAUUUUGAAAUCGCUGAUGAAAAAAUCAAACCUAAUUGGUUUGGCUGCACCUCAAGUUGGUAUACCACUACAAAUAUUUGUAAUUCAUUUUCCAAAUCCAUCCCAUUAUUUCAGCAAAGAAGAGAUAAUACUUAAAGGAAUGGAACAUGUUGAUAAUCAGGUUUGGAUAAAUCCUGAACUUAAAGUUUUGGAUCAUGAAAAAAUUACGUUCACCGAAUCUUGUGCAAGCUUUAAGGGUUAUUCAGCAGAUGUACCUAGAUAUAAGCGUGUGCUUCUAACAGGAAUUGAUCAAAAUGGAGAGAAAAAAACUUUAGAUGCAAAAGAAUGGACUGCUAGAAUAGUUCAGCACGAAAUGGAUCAUUUGAAAGGAGUGAUGUACAGUGAUCGCAUGGUACUUGAUAGUUUAUCUUGUACAGGAUGGCAUACUAUUAAUCAAUUUCAAGGAUUUGUAGAACUUAGGUAUGAAAAAUAGGGAAUUGCUGAAUGUUAACAUUUAACAAUCCGUUGUUUUUUAUUUGAUGGAAAUGAACUAAAAUUGUCUAUUACCUAGUUAAUAUUUUUGUAUAAUAAAACUUGUUGUCAAUAUUUAA